AUGCAAUAUGCACCUUCUGACAAGGCCACACAGGAAAAAACCAAUAAAAUUGCAAGGAAUUUAUUCAGUCCACAUCUUAUCUGGAUAAAUUUCUUGGCUGAUCGUUUCCAAGCCUUUCAUUAUAGAAGUACUGAAUUAGUACAACUUUAUAUCAGACUUUUUCUAAAAACAUUAAAUGCAUCCAGCACUUUGAGCAAUCAUACUCUAUCACUUGAAGGAAGACUACAAAUUCUUAUUAACGGGUUUAAAUUAAUACAAUCUCAUCAAUUGGAGGCAUCAACUGAAUAUAUUUUUCGUAGAAGCCUUUUUGGUUCAGCUUUUAAUUGGUUUUCUUUGCCACCAAGAUGGCCUUAUGGUGGUAAUAAAAGAUGCAUGAUUAUAGAGUAUAAACUUUUAAUUGAAUUAUACAAAUUGGUGGAGAUUGAUAAACCUGAAUUAAAUGAAAUUUUAUCAGCUAUACCAAAAAAAUAUUUACAAUACAAUUUAUCAAAUAUCUCAACCUCUCUGAUAGUAAAUGGUGACAAAACUAAAGAUGAAAUACUGAAAAUAUUUUCAAAAUCUAAGAAACUUUUACUUGUACUGCUUGAAAGUGAAAUUGCUAAUUUUGCAACUUGGAUAAAUCCAUUAAAUAUUCCAAGCACUAAUAAAGAAUCAACUUCACCUAAUGUUCUUUCAGACGAUUCUUGGCAAGAUGUUGUCCAACAUGCAUGGUCAAUUUCACCACGAUUAGCGAUCCAAUUGGCCAAUCGUUUCAAGCAAGUUGUGAUUCAAUCAGAAUUACAAAAGAUAAUGACAAGUAAAAUUAUUGAAGCAGUCAAUAUAUCUGAAGCAUUGCCUUUAUUGCUUGGUGAUAAAUUGAACCAGAAUGUUCUACCACAAUUAAAAUACUUAUUAUAUUGGGCACCUGUUCCCCCAAUUACGGCAAUCACAUAUUUUUCACCUGCUUUUAACAACAAUCCCUUAAUAUUGCAAUAUGCAAUGCGGGCUUUAGAGUAUCAUCCAGUUGAUGUAGUAUUUUUUUAUAUACCACAAAUUGUACAAGCAUUACGAAAUGAUUUUUUAGAACGUAUUAUAAAAAACAUUACUGAUUCUUUAUCUGGUAAAGAUAAAGAAUUUUAUGAACGUGAAUUUACUUUCUUCAAUAAUGUAACAUCAAUAUCAGGGAAAUUAAAACCAUUUAUUAAAAAAUCCAAGCCCGAAAAAAAGAAAAAGAUUGAUGAAGAAAUGGCCAAGAUUAAGGUAGACGUAGGUGUAUAUUUACCAAGUAAUCCAGAAGGAAAAGUAAUUGGUAUUGAUUACACAUCAGGACGACCAUUGCAAAGUCAUGCAAAGGCACCGUUUAUGGCAACAUUCAAAAUCAGAAAAACAAGACAUGAUUCAGAGGAAGUUAAGGAAGCAUUAAUUCAUACUGACAGCAAAAAUGAAGAACAAACAAUAGAUGUCUGGCAAUCGGCCAUUUUUAAAGUUGGUGAUGAUUGUAGACAAGAUGUGUUGGCUUUACAGUUAAUAGCCAUAUUUAAAAACAUAUUUACAAGUGUAGGACUAGAUUUAUAUCUUUUUCCAUACAGAGUUGUUGCAACAGCUCCAGGGUGUGGAGUUAUUGAUGUUAUACCUAACUCAAUAUCAAGAGAUCAAUUAGGUCGAGAAAAGGUUAAUAGCCUUUAUGAUUAUUUCCUUACUCGAUAUGGUGGUUUAGACUCUAUUUCAUUUCAAAAGGCAAGAAAUUGUUUUAUCCAAAGUGCAGCAGCCUAUUCUGUUGUUUCAUUUCUUUUGCAGAUUAAAGAUCGCCAUAAUGGAAAUAUAAUGUUAGAUGAUGAAGGUCAUAUAAUACAUAUUGAUUUUGGAUUUAUCCUUGACAUUGCACCAGGUGGUAUUACAUUUGAAAGUUCACCAUUUAAACUUACAACAGAAAUGAUCCAAGUAAUGGGUGGUGGUACAGAAGAACAACCAUUUAAAUGGUUUUCUGAAUUAUGUAUUAAAGCAUAUUUGUCAUCAAGACCAUAUGCUGAACAGAUAAUGCAGUGUGUUGGCUUAAUGCUUAGCUCAGGACUCCCUUGUUUUAGAGGUGAAACAUUAAAAAGAUUAUGUGAUAGAUUCCAAUUGGAUCGAAAUGAGCGUCGUGCUGCAGAUUUCAUGAUUGAAAAGAUCAAUCAAUCAUUUGGAAAUAAAAGAACAGUUUGGUAUGAUAGUUUCCAGAAAGCCACGAAUGGUGAAACAUUAAAAAGAUUAUGUGAUAGAUUCCAAUUGGAUCGAAAUGAGCGUCGUGCUGCAGAUUUCAUGAUUGAAAAGAUCAAUCACUCAUUUGGAAAUAAAAGAACAGUUUGGUAUGAUAGUUUCCAGAAAGCCACGAAUGUAUCGAGCAAUCACCCGAUUAAAGCACAUGGUUUUGAAAAAGUUAUGAAUAUUGGAACAAGCCGUGACCUUUACGAAUUCUACUUUGUUGUUCCAUCUGUGAUUUCGCCAAACAAAAGUAUGUUAAUCUAG